AUGUCGCAAAAAAAUGUAAAAAUUUUACACGAAGACCUCCCUAUACUGAAAUUAGGAAGCAUAUAUGAAGCAAAAUUAGUUAAAGUAUCACCACUAUUAAAACAAAGUUCGCCGGUUAAGGAGCAAAAAUCCGUACCUUACAAAAAUUUGCGCAAUUACCUAAGGCAAUAUUGCGAGACAACUACCAUUCACGGCAUACGGUACAUCGGAGAACGCGGUCGAUUGUUUUUGGAGAGGCUCGCGUGGACUACCACGUGGAUAUUUCUCUGUGCUUACUGCCUAACUUUGAUUCACAAGGCGUACGUAAAGUGGGAGCGUUCACCUGUGAUCGUAACAUUCGCGACCCAGGAGACCUCCAUCUCCAGGAUUCCAUUUCCAGCCGUCACGGUCUGUCCGGAUGUCAAAUUCGACGUGGAAGUGUUUAACUUCACUCGUACGUUGAGGAAAAUGGUUCUUGGAAGGAAACUAACACAACAAGAGAAAAUACAUCUACCGUUCGCUUCCUUGAUCUGCAAAGACGCAAUGGAACUCGGAAACUUUACGGCGAAUUUGAACCGUACAUUGGAGAAUGUAGCCAGUCAUCUUCUUGAGAUGCUCCCCGAGUUUGAUCCACUGAGUACCACUACUUUAAAGUGGAUGGGGCGGAUGUUAGACUACAAUGAUGAACUAAUCUUGAUUCCGACACCGGAUGGCAUGUGUUUCACGUUUAACAUGUUGCCUUUUUAUCAGAUACUGCGAAUUAAGCCUGAUGGAGAUUGGCACAAUUAUUCUACAGAUCUAACCAAGAGAACCCUCUCAUGGUCGCUAGAACAAGGUUACUCUCCUGGUGACGACGAGCACGAGUACCCGAGGAGGACAUUCGUACCAGGAGUGAAUGGCGGGUUAACCAUUAGAGGAAUUUUCACAAACGAUAGCCACAUAGACGCUUUGUGCAUGGAAUCACUGCAAGGAUUUAAGAUUGCUUUACAUCUCCCAUGCGAGUUUCCCAACAUGGAGAAGCAUUUUAGACUUCCUUUAAAUCAGGCAUUACUGGUUGCGAUAAAACCGUCUUUAAUAACAGUAUCGCGAGAGCUGUGGAAUUACCCCCCAAGUGUCAGGAAGUGUUAUUUUGCUAACGAGAAGUAUUUAGCCAGCUUCUUAGUCUAUACUCAGCAAAAUUGUCUUGAUGAAUGCUUAGCUAACUACACCUAUAGUAUUUGCGGGUGCACACCGUUUUAUUUUGCUUUAGUCAAUGAAAGUGUUCCAGUUUGCGGUCCAGGGCGUGACCACUGCGUGAAGGAGAGUAAAUUAAACUAUUUAAAAAUUGAGGGGAAUUCCGAAUCAAAGGAGCAACAGUGCGAAUGUCUACCAUCUUGCACCUCCUUGUCGUACGAUGUCGAAACCUCACAAUCGGAGUGGAGAUGGAAAAAGGCAUUCGACGCAAUGAAUAUAUCGCGUAACAAGAUGUGUUACAGCGCGCACUUUUCAACGUUGUACGUCUAUUAUAAGGAGUUGCUGUUCCUGAGCUGCCAAAGGAACGAAUUGUACGGUUUGCUCGAAUUUUUUUCGAACAUGGGCGGACUUCUAGGAUUAUUUAUUGGUUUCUCUGUCACAUCUGCAGUGGAAAUUCUAUACUUUUGCACGUUUCGAAUUAUGUCCAACAUCAAACUGUACGGCAUCAAGUCAUGGUCUGGAACACAAGAUUCUGCGAAGACCAAGUAA